UAUAGACGUUUUCCAUAUAUUUUUCUAAAGUUUCUUCUUUUAUGAUUUGUAUGAAUCAUAGAUUUCUCUGCACAGGAAAAGUUUUCUCCUUUCGAUUCGUUCUUUACACACACAAAAAAAAUAUGACCUUUUUUGUUUGUUUGUUAGGUUUUAUUUGAUUUGAUCUCUCUUAUUAGGUUAGUAGUUUGGGGGUUCUCUACUGUAGUAUUAGAUCGAGGGUUUAAGAGUGAAAAAAGAAGAAUGGGAUCUUCUUCAGGGCAAAGUGGAUAUGAUCUAUCUUUCAAGAUCUUGUUGAUUGGAGAUUCUGGUGUUGGUAAAAGUAGCUUGCUUCUCAGCUUCAUUUCCAGCUCUGUCGAAGAUCUUGCUCCCACCAUUGGUGUUGAUUUUAAGAUCAAGCAGAUGAAAGUAAGAGGGAAAAGGCUGAAACUUACUAUCUGGGACACUGCUGGACAAGAAAAGUUCAGGACAUUGACAAGUUCUUAUUUCAGAGGCUCCCAAGGAAUCAUUCUCGUUUAUGAUGUGACGAAAAGAGAGACAUUUUUGAACUUAGCAGAUGUUUGGGCUAAAGAGAUUGAGCUAUACUCAACUAACCAUGAUUGCAUUAAGAUGCUCGUUGGCAACAAAGUUGAUAGAGAAUCUGAGAGGAAGGUUAGCCGGGAAGAAGGAAUGACUCUAGCAAAAGAACUCAAGUGUUUGUUUCAUGAAUGUAGCGCAAGAACCAGAGUAAACGUGAAACAAUGCUUCGAAGAGCUUGCUUUGAAGAUAAUGGAGGUACCUAGUCUUUUGGAAGAAGGAUCAAGCUCUGUGAAGAGAAAACCGGAUUAUCGAGCUCAUCAAAACCGCUGUUGCAGCUCGUGAGUCAUAUAAUCAGAUGGUUUUUUAAGUAGCCUCUUUUGUGUGUAAAUUUCUCAAGAAGCUGCUUUUUUUCUUUUUGUAAAUUUAUCAAUCUCUUAGAUUUUUCUCCUUCUUGCCUCAGCUGAGAUUGUGUGUUAAUAAGUUUAUUAACCUCGUUAUAAAAACUUAGUGAUGACUUCCGCAACUUUAUCUUUAACUACUUUUAUAAGACAAAAAUCUUCGGUGGUUACCUCCGAGGAGUUUAUGCAA